CGGAAAUUUUUUUUGUUUGUUUUAACCCUGGGUGAGUUUGAUCUUUAUCGCCAUCUACAGGCCUGGGGUGUAUGGUUGGCAAUAUUCGCCCAAUUGUGUUUAUUUAAAAAAAAUUGUGUUUAUUUAAAAAAAAAAAAAAAAAUCUAAUUAAAUGUGUAAUAGUCACUACUUGUCAAUUAUUACAACUUUAAAUGAUGUGGAAAGUUGUGUACAAAUGAUAAAAGCUUAGAAAUUAUAUCAGUUUCUGAUGACAAGUCUAUUAAAUAGUUGGAAAACUUUUUAGAAACCUUCUUUGGUCCGGAUUUUUUAUAUUUUAAAUGCUUCUCUGAUUUAAUAGCCACGCCCCCAACAAUUAUUCUCAUACUUAUAUGUCAUUAUAUAAUUAAAAUAUUUAAUUUGCACGUGGGAUAAAUCAUUAAAAAUCAUUUAAGUCUUAUUCAACUUAUUCAUCUUAUUCAUUUAACUUUUAGAACAUUUUUCACAAAUCUUACCUAAUGCACCUUCAGGUUGCUGAAAAACCUCUGUCUGGAAAACAGUUCUGCUCCUGAAAGCGCGUUGGUGAUUGGACGCGACUUUAUUUUAAGGAAUGCAGGGUUAGGGUAUCACUGUUCAGGUUACUGGGUUUUUAUUGUUGUUGUUGUUGUUUUCUUGAAUUUUAAAUCUAUAUGCUCCUCUAACACUGAGAAAUCAUUGCAUUUUGUCUUAAUCCCCGACCCAGGUGAGUCCACAGGUGAGUCUGACUGGCACGUCACGUUACUGCAUUUCUAAUAAUUCUCACCUACCUAAAUAUGUACACACACUGACACUGACAGCACGCGCUCGUGAUCCGGACGGUCCACGGCACGUGCUAUGCGUCUUCAAAUAAACGACUCACGAGCCACGGGUCAGCUCAAAAACUAGCAGAUCUCUUCAACAUUUCUCACCUGAGUGCGACAUUUUCUUCUUUUUUUAUCUAUAAGUGCCUUAACCUGGAGCACGCGCACUGUAUAAUGAAGAGCCUGUAGGUUGUUGGAGAGAACCGGACUCGCACAGAGCUCUCUGUCACUGAAGUUAACUCCUCGGUCUUAAAUCAGGUCACGAGCGCCUCGGUGUCUCCAGUGGCGUCUCUGUCCGGUUGCAUUCACCCUCAGCCCUACACUACACCCGUUCGUGGAGAUCUGAGCGCGAGGCAGUAUGGAGGAACUGGCGCGCGAGAGCAUCCGCAGCAUCAGCUUGCUUUACAAACCGGGUCGAGGCUCUGAAACACAGCGGCUCGGUUCCUUCGGUGCGGUUUUCAUCAUGCUGAAGUCAGCACUCGGUGCCGGACUCCUCAACUUCCCCUGGGCUUUUGAGAAGGCAGGAGGUGUGAGCAGAGCCAUCAGUGUGGAAAUGGUGUCUCUGAUAUUCCUGAUCAGUGGUCUGGUCAUCCUGGGCUACUCCUCGUCUAUCAGCCGUCAGAGCACAUAUCACGACGUGGUGAGAGAAGUGUGCGGCCGCAGGAUCGGGUAUCUCUGUGAGAUCUGCUUCGUCUUCAACCUCUUCAUGAUCUCUGUGGCAUUCCUUGUGGUGGUGCAGGACCAGCUGGAGAAAUAUCAGAGCUUCUCGCUCUUCAUCGUGUGCCUCCUCAUCAUCCUCCCUCUGUCCAUCCCUAAAGAAAUCAGCAUCCAGAAAUACACCAGUGUAUUAGGGACUCUGGCUGCUACAUACCUCAGCGUGGCUGUAAUCGUUAAAUAUUACCUGAGAGUGGAUCACAGCGCUGACCUGCGUCCUCAACACGCAGGGUUCGACUCGUGGGCCUCCAUGUUCAGCGUCGUUCCCACCAUCUGCUUCGGCUUCCAGUGCCAUGAAGCCUGCGUUGCUAUUUAUAGCAGCAUGGAGAACAAAAAGAUCAGUCACUGGGUCUUCAUCUCUGUGACGUCCAUGACCUUCUGCCUGCUCAUCUACACUCUCACAGGAGUGUUCGGAUUCCUGACCUUUGGCCGGGGCGUGGCGUCAGAUAUCCUGAUGUCGUAUCCUGGAAACGAUGUGGUGAUGAUCAUCGCGAGGCUGCUGUUUGGGUUCUCGAUCAUCACAAUCUAUCCCAUAAUACUCCUCCUGGGCAGGACUGUCAUCCUGGCGUUGGUGCUGCGUUACCAGGAGCGACGCGCCAUGGUUACGGUGGAGUUUGAGAGCCGUUGCCGGGUUCUCCUGACCAUCCUGUGGAUCGCUGUGACGCUUCUCAUCGCGGUCUACGUUCCAGACAUGAGUGACAUCAUCAGUGUGAUCGGAGGAAUCAGUGCCUUCUUUAUUUUCAUAUUUCCUGGUGACACACACACACACACACACACAAACAAACAGCAAAAAAAAUAUAAAGAAGUGAGACUAACAUUGAACUUCUCUUACAGGACUGUGCCUGAUUUUUGCCAUGCAGACCGAACCAUUAGAUUACAGAUUAAAGAUGUUCCUGACAGGAUGGGGCGUGGUCACUGUCAUUGUCGGAACCUUUAUCUUUGGCCAGAGUACCACCAUCGCUGUCAUGGAGCUCAUACACAAGGCUUGAUCAUCAUCAUCAUCAUCAUCAUCAUCAUAAUACUAUUUUUGUUUACCACAAGCCCAAUUCUGACUCUCUGUGGUGGAGGACUUUUAAGAAUUCUUCCUACCUGCUGCCUUCUAUCAUCCACAUCUUUUAUUAAGACUGAGAGAGUGGAAUUUUUUACAUUUUUAAACUUUUUCUGGUUAGAGAGGAUCUUUUAUUUUUCAACUCAACAAAAAAUAUAAAUUUAAAAAAUUAUUAUUAUUUUUAUGAUAAUUUAUUGUUUUGGGUGGUGGAAGUCUUUUUUUUAAUUAUUAUUAUUAUUAUUAUUAUUAUUAUUAUUAUUAUUAUUAUUAUUAUUAUUAUUAUACCCUUGAUACUGAUACUGUAUAUAAUAAAUAAAAUAUUCCAUGAUGUCUAUACCAUGUGACAAUUUUUUUAAUCGAAUGUGUGAAAGCGUGCUCUUUUACCUUUGUGUCCAUGUUAUGUACAAUUCAGGGGCGUAUCUAGGAUUUGAAAACAUCAGGGGCUAAUUGAGGAGAGGGGGUAAGCAAGAAUAACACGUUUUGGGCAUUUUCAUGUAAUAUUGUUUAAUAAUAAACACAAAUUAACACAAACAGUAUGCAACUUUAGAAAAUUGAAUUCAAUCUUUUUUCUGACUCCUCCCAUCAUUUCAGAGUAUUGCUACUAAAAAAGGAGUUCAUUAAAUUCAUGACAUUUUCUCUCACACAGGUAUGCCAUGCAAUAUUAUCUCUUUCACAGCUUAUGUGUGAAGCAGUGUCGUGCAGAUCCUUUAUUAUUACUAUUAUUUUACAAUAAUCUAUAUUAUACAUGCACCUAUUAUUUCAUUCCUGAUUUAUGCUGCCACUACUGUAUGAAUUAUUCUUUGUUUAUUUUUUAUUUUUUUACAGCUUCUCUUCUCUUAUCGUUCUCUCAUCUCUCAUUCUCUCAGCUAUCUUACUGCUUGUAUCUUGUCUACUUCAUGCUCUUGAUGACUUUUCUAUACUAUUUUUUUGAGGAUGGAAUCAUCAGAGAGUAUCUCCGAGCCUUGGGCAAAACUGUCAAUCACCAUACUAGUAUUUCUAGUGCUGAGAAUUCCUUUAUCAAUUGACAGAACAGCUGAAUGAUGGAGUCUGUUCUGGUCCAUUGUUCACCUAAGUCAUGUCUGUAUUUUAACUUAAAUACUGCAUUAGUUGAAUAAUAGAAAGUCAUGAGGUUCAGACUGUAAUGUCUUAGUGCUUUAACAGUUUAGAUUUUAUUUAGAUCUAUCUUUAGGAUGAUUUAAUUUAAGGCUUUUGUAGGUCUUGGGUAUGGAAUAAUAUUUUAAAGGGUCCUAUAUGUCUGGGGUUUUCAGAAUCAGGGACAGUGGGCCUCCUUUUUCACACAACAUACAUUUGUUAGCGACUUUAAUCAACUAUGUUAACAUUAAAUAUUAGAAGUUAGACUUUUAUCUGAAUAAUAAGAUUGUUGUGUUUUCUGACAUUUUAUUGCUGUCCCGUUUAAGGGCUGUAAGGUGUUUUAGUCACGUGGUGUGAAAGCGGCGCCGCGCAGACCGACAAGUGUAAGACAUUAAAGUAUCGCGAGAGCGGCUCUAGAGCAUAUUCGAGCGCACACUCUCGCGGUAUUUUGGCGAGAGCGUGUGUGUGUGUGUGUGUGCGCGCGCACGCGCGCGGAUGCGGAGAGAGACGUCAGUCAAAAUCGUGUACAGUAAACGGCAACAGUGCUCUAAUAAAACGAUCCACAUUUCAUUAAUUCUUCUACACUCCUGUGGAAAAUUCGGGAUAAAACAUUCGGGGCUAGAUUAAAAACAUCCGGGGCUCGAGCCCCGAAUGAAUAGCCCUAGCGACGCCCCUG